ACAGCGCAUGCGUAAAUAAUACGAAUGGCGACCAUCGCCGUUUCGCGGAUAAAACGCGAAUUUAAAGAGGUCAUCAACAGUGAAGAGGCUCUCUCUUGCAAAAUCAAGUUGGAACUGGUCGACGAUACGUUCACGCAUUUGAGAGGAGAAAUAGCAGGGCCUCCGGAGACACCAUUUGAGGGUGGCCUGUACAGAGUCGACAUCAGAGUUCCCGACACGUAUCCCUUCAACCCGCCAAAAGUCCAAUUUCUCACUAAAAUCUGGCAUCCCAAUAUUAGCUCGGUGACCGGCGCCAUCUGUCUGGACAUCCUCAAGGACCAGUGGGCCGCCGCCAUGACACUUCGGACUGUACUACUCUCGUUACAAGCUCUGCUUCAGGCCGCCGAACCAGAUGACCCUCAAGAUGCCGUAGUCGCCCGUCAGUAUAAAGAGAAUCGAUCGGCAUACGACAUCACUGCACGAUACUGGGCGAGUGUGUAUGCCGGCGCACCCGGCACGUACCCCGACUGUGACAAGAAAGUCAGAAAGCUGAAGGACAUGGGAAUAAGGGAGGAAGACGCUAGGACUGCGUUGUCAACGUAUUCAUGGGACGUUGCUCGAUCGCUCGAGAGUCUUUUUGGAUAAAAUUAGGAUUGCGUAGGUAUCGAUGUGUAUGUACUUGUCGUUGUCCUUUGGGGGAGGAGAACAGUGGCUGGAUGGGACGGGAGUCAGGUGGUGUGGAUGCACUGUUUUGAAUACAGCCAUGUCUGUACAGUGACACAAUAAAAAUAAACAUGUUUUAGUGUUGCA